UCUUUCCAGGUAAGAAACAGCCAGGGGAGGGAAGGGGAGGUCCAUGGAUACUGGGCUGCCAGAUUCAACUGGAAUAAAACCAGUUUCAACUUUACGAGGUCCAGUUUAACAAGAAGAGAGGGUUCAGAGAGGGAGAGAGGGAGAUAGAAAGAUAAAGAUAGUGUGGAGAGAGACAGAGAGAGAACCAAAACUCAUGGAGAGAAAGUCUUACACCAAUAUUCUGGAACUCUGUGAAAAUAAAUGUUCUAGGUAAAUUUAUCUACAGGGGACACCGAGGAACGGGAAAAGCCCAGAACUCAAGGUCAAAAGGUGCAAGAAGCAGACCAAGGAUCCCAGAAGGAUGGAGGAAGAGAAAUCUCAGAAGGAACCACUUAUAGGGUUUUAUACCUCAUACAGAGAGCUUUUUGAGUUCUUCUGUAGCAACACCACCAUCCAUGGGGCAAUCCGGCUCGUCUGCUCCCGGAACAACCGGAUGAAGACGGUGUUCUGGCUUGUGCUUUUUCUGGUUACUUUUGGGCUCAUGUACUGGCAGUUUGGCCUUCUGUUCGGUCAGUACUUCAGUUACCCCGUUAGCAUUAAUCUCAACGUUAAUUCGGAUAAGCUCUCAUUUCCGGCUGUGACUGUGUGCACCUUAAACCCGUACAGAUACCACUCAAUUCUGGAGAAUCUGAACGAGCUGGAUAGAGCCACCCAAAAAAUGUUAUUCCAGCUCUAUGAUUACAACGGGACUGGGGUGUAUGGACGAAUUCCCCAAAAGAGUAGGAACCGUCGCUCAGUUCCGCCGUUGCCUUUCCCUCUUGAGAAGAUACCCCCUGAGCAAGGAAACCAAAGGAAGACUCGGAGCGUAAGGACAGGGGAGACGGAGGACGAGGAAAUGCAAGUGAAACGCAAGGACUGGAACAUCGGCUUUAAGCUGUGCAAUGAAACUGGAGGUGACUGCUUCUACCAGACAUACAGUUCCGGGGUAGAUGCCAUCCGAGAAUGGUACCGGUUUCACUAUAUAAAUAUCCUGGCCAGGGUACCUAGAGAAGGAGACAUCAACGAGGAAAACUUAGAAGACUUCAUCUUCGCCUGUAGAUUCAAUGAGGACUCCUGUACCGAAGGAGUUUACUCUCGUUUUCACCACGCAAUGUACGGAAACUGCUACACCUUCAAAGGAAAUACCAGCUCCCCCAACAAUGCCUGGAGCUCCUCUUUGCCUGGCGUCAAAAAUGGUUUGACCCUUGUCCUUCGCACUGUCCAAUAUGACUACAUCCCGCUUCUUUCAUCUGUCGCUGGAGCCCGAAUACUUGUCCAUGGACAAAGUGAAACUGCUUUCAUGGAUGACCGUGGCUUUAAUAUUCAGCCUGGAAUGGAGACGUCUAUUGGCAUGAAAAUGGAAAAAGUGAGCCGCUUGGGAGACGUGUACAGCGACUGUUCCGAGGAUGGCAGCGAUGUUGACGUGAAGAUUUUGUACGACGGUGUAUAUACUCAGCAGGUAUGUGUCCGUUCAUGUUUCCAAGCCCAGAUGGUCAAACGAUGUCGCUGCGCCUAUGCAUUUUACCCACUGCCAGCGGGAGAAGAAUAUUGCGAUUACAACAAGCAAAAAAGUUGGGGUCACUGUUACUACAAACUUCUUAAGGAAUUCACCUCCGAUGAGCUCAAGUGUUUUCAGAAAUGCCGUAAACCUUGCCAGGUUUCUGACUAUAAACUUACUGCUGGAUAUUCUCGUUGGCCGACAGCAGUGAGUGAGGAUUGGGUGUUUCACGUGUUGUCAGAGACUAACAACAAUAUCACAGAACGGAAUGGCAUUGCCAAAGUCAACGUUUACUUCGAAGAACUAAAUUACAAAACAAUCCAGGAAUCUCCGGCAAUUAACAUGGUGAUGCUCCUGUCCUUGUUGGGAAGCCAGUGGAGUCUUUGGUUUGGUUCUUCGGUGCUGUCGGUGGUGGAAAUGGGAGAGUUAGUUAUGGAUGUAGUGAUUAUUGGGCUGGUGCUUCUUCUUCAUCGUUACCGUGCCCGUCAAACUCAACAAGUGGAAGAGACCUCCAGAGUGCCAACCCCCGACCCAACAUUUGGAAACUUUGAAGAAAGAGGCCAACCAAUUCAUCGCAAUGACUCCUCACAGAGCCAGAGCCAGAUGAGGGUGGUGGCUGAUAUCACACCUCCCCCAGCAUACGAGAGCUUAGAUCUUAGCUCUGUGGGUGGUGGGUCUUCUCGUACGUCCAGCUUACGUAGCAACGUGUCCCACCAUGGGGACGCGAGGAGGCGAGUUCAGUGAUCAAGAUGCAUAAUGAGAAAGUGGAGUAAAGUUAGUGGGUGAGGAAUCUAAAACCGAAGGGCGAGUCAACAAAGGAAAGGUGGGUUAGGAGGGCCGUUUGAAGGAGAAUACACUGGAAGUGCAGGGAAGAAGAGGGUGGGAACAGAAUGCAAAAGUUUCGAAGAGAAUGGGAGAUGAAGCUGUGAAUAAAGACAAUUUGAUAUAAAAAAAAUAGUUUAUAAAUCUGAAAAUAUAAGCAUUACUAAUCUUUAAAGCAUAAUGCAAAUGAUUGUUCAUUAAAUGCCUGCAAAUCACUGUAUGAUUAAACACUCUUCUGCAAUAUACAGCUGCCCUAAAUGAUCCUCCGACUGCUUCUGAAUGUCACUGUAUACUGUCAGCCACUAGGGGUCAGUGUGCACAGCUUUGGUGUCGUUGAGCUUCGAUAGAGACAUGGCGCUAGCCGCUUUGGCCAUUCACGUGUAGCCUGGGCUAGUCCUAGGGUUUCUGGAGCUGUAGGCGAGCUGGGAUUCUGUUGCCUCCCUCUUGCUACAACCUACCGGAAGGGCCAUCACCGGCAUAGUCCGCUGGGCAGCUGCCUUGGCCACUUACAUGAUUGGGACUAGACCUUCUUGUAGUAGAAUUUGAUGGCUUGGUGGACGUGAUUACUCAACUAAAACAUUCUUAUAGACUGUA